AGGUUAGGUUAGAACGUGCGUCCCCACUGUUUCCUUUCUUUUGUUUGCUGGAAUCAGAGAUGAGCUGCCAUGACAGUAUAUGUAUCUGGACUUUAACCCUACUGAAUACUGAUGGUUGUGGAUUUAUACCUGACACAGUCUAGCCAUAUGGAGUUUUUCAGGAUUUCUUUGUGUCUAACACCUAAAUAGGGCAAGUUUUCCACAGAAAAUCCUCCUGUCAAAUCACCCAUGUUUAACUGGAUAAAAUAAAUUACAGUUAUUGAUUAUAUGCAUUAUUAAGAGAAGACCGUGAAUAGCAUUGUAAAGACAUCUAUAAUAAGCAAUGUUUUAAGUGUUUGAAAAUUUGCAUUUAAUUCAAAUAAUGGAUGAUGAUAAUAUGAUAAAAAUGGCUCCUAAAAGAAAAGCUGAAAUAUCAUAUGGAACUGAUAUUGUAAAAAGUUAUAAACUAUUGAAAUAUAAGGAAAUGCAGAAUUUAAGCAACACAGAAUUAAGAACAAAAGAUAUGUCUUUAGAAGAAUAUACAGGAAAAGAAUAUAUCUGUAGAAUAUGUUCUGAUAAGUUUCAAACUGCACAAAUUUUAAAUAUUCAUAUGUGGUCUCAUGGUUCUGCUACUGAACCAUUUCAAAUUAAAUCCUUUUUAUGUCUAGAGUGUAAGAAAACAUAUUCAAUUCACAGUUUCUUUUUACAACACUUGAAAAUUAAUCAUCAUAGUUUGCAUUUUUGUAAAUAUUGUCCCCUCUCAUUUGAAACAUUAUCAACAAUGAAACAUCAUGUAAAAACAAUGCAUAAGAGUGAAAUUGUAAAAAGGGGAAAUGACAUUGCAAAGUUUGCCUGUGUAUUCUGCCAAGCAUGUUACUUUACUGUUAAUCAUCUUGUAACUCAUCUUUGCAAGUAUCAUUGUAAAGAUGAAAUUUUGAAUGACUAUUAUCCUAUUUGUAACACAGCUUAUGAACAUAUGUGUUCAUCUGAUAUAAUCAUAGACAAAGAAAAUAAAAUGCCAAAACAGACAGAAAUUAAAAAUUUCAAAUCUAAUAAUGUCCAAAAUAAAGUUUUUAAAAAUAUACCUGUGAAGAAUUCUAAGCUUAUGAACAACAGACAAUCUUGUUCAUACAAAGUUACAAAGAAUUUGACCAAGCAAGCAACAUUAAAAACAAUGAAAUAUAAUUGUAGCCAUUGUAAUAUCAAAUUUCUUCGGAGUCAUCAUUUACAGAAUCAUAAACAAAAACAUCAUAAAGUAGAUAAAUUUUUUGUACCAACAUACGGAUGUGCAAAAUGUCCAGCAAAAUUUUUUAAAAACAGUGUUUUGCAACAUCAUCUAACUAGUCAUCACAAAUUAAGUGUAACUCCAAAGAUUUGAAAUUUGUGAACUUUAAAUAUUUAAUGAUUUUACAGAUUAUUUAUAUGUGGAAUAAGAAAUAUGUUUACAAGAACAAUAUCUUCUGAAAUAGUUUGAUUAUAUGCAUGUUCAAGAGAAUGUGAGACAGCUGAUAUACAUUAUUAAGGCUAUCUAUGUUUUAUCUUAAAAAAUUAGUCUUAGUUUUUUAAAAAUAAGUGAGGGUAAAUCAUCAUAUAAUGCAUAUUCUUGCUAAUAGUGAGGUUUUUCUGCCUAAUAUAUGUUGUAAGACUGCAAAAUUCAAAAAUCUCUAUACAAAUAAAUAUUUGUAUUUUUCCAUAUUCAUACUCUUUCUAAUUGAUAUUUAAGACUUGUUCAAUAUUUUAGAAGUAAAUGCAUAUAUGUAUUAAUUUCUAAAGAUUAAUAUGAUCUUGGACCAUUCCAUAAUGUUUACUCUUAACAUGUACUUAUUUGUUUCUGUAUUACAGUUUGACAUUGCAACUGCUGAGUCUGCUUAAUGUAGAAGAAUGAUUAUUUUUUGCUGAACAUCCUCUACAGAAGUGCUACGUCAGAAUAUGUUGAUUAUAUUGAUGUCAUGUUUGGUAGUGGACAUCAUUUAUGCUACCUUCAGGUAGGAAUAACUGAUUAAAGAUUUGAAGUUUAGACUAUUUACAAAAAGUCAAAAAUAACUUUUGAGUCCAUCUUUAUCCCUUAUGCACUACCACAGAAGUAACAGUUUAAAAAAAAAAAAAAAAAUGCUUUGAAGAACUCUUCUUAAACACAGGUAAAAAUUGGUAAAAAAUCUCAAAGGUUAAAAAAGAUCAAGUGUCAGCCUUUCAUUGUAGGUUUCUGACACUUUUACAAUUAAAAACACAAAGAAAUUCUUCACACUAUCAUUUUUAUCCACCUUUUUAAACUGCUUCUAGCCCUCUAGUGGUAGUUACGAGUAUCUAACAUUAUUUGCAUAUAGUUACAAUUUUUGUGAUAACUCAGGAU